AUGUGGACUGUGGGGACAGAAUCUGUGGCGCGUGCCGUGCGUGUAGCCCGGAAUUUUGCAGGGGGCUCUCGCGCCGCGCACCCCCCCACUGAUACGCACACGGCCGGCUCGCAGUGGAUGGUUAUGCCGCCCGGCGCGCGUGCCUAUACGCGCAAUCCCAACGAUGCAGAGCGAUCUGCUGGGACUGUCGCUGGCCAGCGCGCCGAGCGUGUGCGUCUUGGGCAGGCAUCAGAAGAGACGCCGCGUUUGCGUACUCGCCGUCGUCAAUCGACGUGGCGGCGCGCGCAGCGUGCAUGGCAAGAGACGCCGCUGAAAUGGACGCCGAUCCCUGUUCUGCUUGGCGCGGCUGUGCUGGUCGGCAUUGAAGCGCAUCGCCAAUGGCAGCGGAAUGAGCGCGUGGCCGGAAGUACUAUUAUUGAUGGAUCGGGCGAGUCGGUGCGCAUCAAAGGCCCAUGGUCGCUCUACUUUUUCGGUGCGUUGCCCUUGAAUACCAUCAGUCGUGCAUGGGGCUGGAUGAACCACUUGACCCUUCCUGUAUGGUUCCGGCCGUACGGAUUCAAGCUGUACUCGUGGAUUUUUGAUUGCGAUUUGUCCGAGAUGAAGGAUCCCGAUUUGACACACUAUGAGAGUCUCGGUGCCUUCUUCUCGCGCGAGCUCAAAGCUGGCAUGCGCCCCAUCGCCCAAAAUUUGAUGGUAUCGCCUGCCGAUGGCCGCGUGCUCCAUCUGGGCUUGAUUGAAGGGGAUCGUGUAGAGCAAGUGAAAGGGCUUACCUACUCGCUCGACACGCUCCUUGGCCACGACGGCGAAGCGAUGUCUUCCACUGCUGUUCCGCCUGAAGACUCGAAAGGUUAUCGCAUGUCUGACGAGACGACGUUUGCCAAUGUAAACGGAAUUGACUACAGUUUGGAGGAGUUGUUUGGCCACAAGAACCCCCGCAAAUCCGUGCGUACAUACUUUCUCGGGUGGGCAAAAGGCUCGUGGCGCUAUGUGCGCCAAACGGCGUCGGCUCUGGCCAGCGGCAAAGCAUUCCGCUCGUCCAAUGCAACGUGCAUUAUACCCGACGAGGAGCCCGACAGCGCGAACGAUGCAGGCAUACCGACCUCGGAUACACCCGAGAACAUUGGGCACAUCGCCAACGUUGCGUACGAAAUGGGUUCCGAAGCGAUUCCCUCGUUUAUCAACCCUCAGACCUUGUCGCCGAACAAGGUGCGCAGUGGCCAUCGCCUUUUUUUUGCCGUGAUUUACCUUGCUCCGGGCGACUACCACCGCUUCCACAGCCCUGUGCCAUGGGUUGUGGAGAUGCGCCGCCACUUCCGCGGCGAACUAUACUCGGUAUCGCCGUAUGUCGCAUCCCGAUUGCCCAACCUGUUCCUUUUGAACGAACGUGUAGCGCUUCUUGGCCGCUGGCGAUACGGCUUCUUUGGCAUGGUGCCGAUUGGCGCGACGAAUGUCGGCUCGAUUCGCAUCAAUUUUGACCGGCAGCUCCGCACGAAUACAUACGCAGACCGCAAACUUUCCGGCACGUACACCGAAGCGACCUACGACGCUGCCAGCCGUCUCCUCGGCGGCCAGCCGCUGGGCAAAGGCGAAGAGAUGGGCGGUUUUCUCCUGGGAAGCACCGUUGUGCUCGUCUUUGAGGCCCCGGAAAACUUUCGAUUUUUCUUCAAGGCCGGUGGAAAAAUUAAGGUGGGCGAGGCGCUGGGCGAUGUCGGGCCCGUAGACGAAAAGCAGUAG